AUGGCCCGCGUACCUAAGGGAUUGAAGAGUGUACCGAAGGGACUAAGAGGUCAACCAGGUGAUCCAAUUGCCAAAGAACAAAAGAGGCGCCGUUACAGACCGGGGACUAAAGCGCUUCGAGAGAUUCGCAACUUUCAGAAAAGCACAGACUUGCUCAUCUCCAAGCUUCCAUUUGCUCGUGUUGUACGUGAAGUUGCUCAGCAGUACGUUGAUAUAUCGAAUAAUGUUGUGUUUAGAUGGCAAAGCGUUGCUCUGCUAGCGCUGCAGGAGGCGUCAGAGGCAUAUCUCGUCAGUCUACUAGAGGAUACAAAUCUAUUGGCGUUACACGCAAAGAGGGUAACAAUUAUGCAAAAGGACAUCCAGCUGGCAAGAAGAAUUAGAGGCACAAUAUAG